AUGCCCGGCCGCAUCAUCACCAGCACACUUUGGGAACAAAAUCUUGUUCCGUUUAAUUACUGCAAGACGAUCGAGAAUUUAGAAGACUUACUGAAAGAAAAGGAUAAUCAAGUUGACAUGGCCAGAGCCAGACUGACUGCAAUGCAGGCACAUCAUUGUAGCAGUGAGGGUGCACUUAGCAGCCUUGAAGAAGCAAUCGGGGAUAAGGAAAAGCAAAUGGCACAAUUACGCGAGCAAAGGGAUCGAGCCGAGCAGGAAAAACAAGAGGAGAGGGAACUGCACGAAAGAGAAAUCGCUGAAUAUAAAAUGAAGAUACACACUUUGGAGUCCGAGGUAGAGAAAUUGGGUGCGCGGUUAGAGCGAGCUCAAGCGGAGAAAGACAGGCUGGAAGCAAAGCUUGAAAGUUCGCAAUCUGAACUUGGUAAAAGUAAAGCCGAACUGGACAAGGCCGCGUCGGAAGUUGGACGUAGUGGUGCCGAUUGGGAAGCGGCAAAGCAGCGACUUGCUAGACUGGAGCUAGAAAAUGAAAGGUUACGACAUGAUAUCGAACGGUCGCAAACAUAUGGCAGAAGCACGUUGAACUCGUCGCAAGAAGUGGAGCGCUUACAAGAACGAGCUGACAAAGCAGCUGCCGAAUUAAGAAGAGCCCAGGCCGAACUCAGGGUUACGCAAGCUGACAACGAGAGAGCACGUGCUGAAGCUGCGACUCUUCAAGAGAAGGCACGGUCGAGAAAGACUCACAAAGACACCCUGACUCGGUGCUAA